CGUUAUUUUCCGUAUUUUCAAGGCCUUUCUCUAGCAUUGACAUCAAUCCUCAUCGCUGUUGCAAAAUUAAUCUGCGGUGGGUCAUCUUGAAAUAUUCUGGUUGACCUUCCAUGCUCACACUUUCGAUUGGGUUUCGGUAUAGGACCCGUCGUUAGUUUCUUUCUGACCGAGAGAGUGGUGAUUUUCAAGUAGACACGUCUGCAAUUAUGAAGGUGUGCACCGUAUUGUCGACAGUUCUGUCGUUGCUGGCUUUAUUGUCAUCUUCGUUCGCACAGAAUAAUCGUCAAUCAUGGUUCAACAAUGGACAAGGUAGUCCUGGACAAUUCGGAGCAGGAGGGAACAUAGUGCAUCAGAUCCCGGUGCCCUUGAAUGUAGAAGGUUUGAAUGCGGCACCCAUAACUCUAGCAAUCAUACCUCUGUCAUCCGUAUCUUCAGUGAGCAAUUCUAACUGGCAAUAUCCUAUCGGAGGAUUUAACGCGGGUUAUCCAAAUGGCGGCGUUAACAGGAUUAAUCCUAACGGGAUUAUCUCUAACGGCGUCCAUCAUAACGGACCUGCCAUUACCGCGGUAUCUUCAAAUGGGGACUAUUUCAACGGACGUUAUCCUAAUAAUGGAUAUCCUAAUGGCCGCAUUCCUAACAAAGUUUACCCAAACGUAGUCAAUGGUAAUACGGGGAAUUUUAAUGGACAAAAUCCCAACUUUGUCAUACCUAACAUUCCCCACAAUGGAGGCUAUCCUAACGGAGGAUAUCCUAAUGGGGCCAGUGGUAAUAGGGGGAAUUUUAACGGACAAAUUCCCAACAUUUUCUCUCCUAAUGUAUUCACCCAGAAUGGAGGCAAUCCUAAUGGAGCCAAUGGUAAUGGUGGGAACCUUAACGGACAAACUUUCAAUAUUAUCUCUCCUAAUGUGGUCUCGCACAAUGGAAGUGAUCCUAACGGAAACUACCCUGAUGGAGCUAGUGAUAAUGGAGGGCAUUCUAACGGACAAAAUCCCAACAUUUUCUCUCCUAAUGUAGUCACCCAGAAUGGAGGCAAUCCUAAUGGGGCCAAUGGUAAUGGUGGGAAUCUUAACGGACAAAAUUUCAAUAUUAUUUCUCCUAACGUCCUCUCGCACAAUGGAAGUGAUCCUAAUGAAAACUACCCUGAUGGAGCUAGUGAUAACAGAGGGCAUCCUAACGGACAAAAUCCCAACAUUUUCUCUCCUAAUGUAGUCACCCAGAAUGGAGGCAAUCCUAAUGGGGCCAAUGGUAAUGGUGGGAAUCUUAACGGACAAAAUUUCAAUAUUAUUUCUCCUAACGUGCUCUCGCACAAUGGAAGUGAUCCUAACGGAAACUACCCUGAUGGAGCUAGUGAUAAUAGAGGGCACCCUAACGGACAAAAUCCUAUCAUUGCCACUCCUAAUGUGGUUUUCUACAAUGUAGGUAAUCCUAACGAAAGCUAUUCUAACGGGGUGAAUGGUAAUAGUGCAAACAUUCAUGGACAACUUUCUAACGGAAGCAGCCUUAAUAAUAAGGUACCAGAAGAAAACACAAAACUGGACCAUGCACAAUGUAGGGAAGAUGAAUUCCGCUGCAGAAACAACGUAUGUAUACCAUCUAGUGCCAAAUGCAAUAAUAAAAUCGAUUGUCGCGAUGCAAGCGAUGAGGCAUAUUGUAUUACGAGCAGAAAUCAAGAAAACGGUUGUGUAUUACCUGAACAGCCAACAGGCGGAAGUUACAAGUUGGGAGGAUGCGAAGAGCAAUGCCAUAAACAUCCUGGCGAUACCGUCCCGCAGCACAGUAUUCUUACUUAUACUUGUAAUAACAAUUACAUGUUGAGUGGUAGCGAUACUACCAUUUGUCUCAACAAUACGUGGUUACACCACCAGGUCUCAUGUUUCAAGAUCUGCCCAGAGCUGAAGAGCACGACCGUCGACAUUUCCUGCAGUUAUCAAGGGGAAAAGAUGUCUUGUAGCGAUCCUAUACUGCCUAGGGCACGAGCCACAUUGACCUGUAAACAAUUUCAUAAAUAUCCCACAGUCAACAAACCGAAUUACAAAACAAUGGAAUGUCUCGAGAGUGGUCUGUGGAAUCGCGUCAUGUUUCGCUGUGAACCAGAAUGUGGCAAAACCAUCUCGCAAGGCCAACAACUAAUUGUAAACGGCGUUAAGGCCAAAGUGGGCUUGUUUCCCUGGCACGUUGGUAUCUACAAAAAAAAUCGCCCCAAUACAUAUGAGCAUAUAUGCGGUGGCAAUUUAAUAAGCAACAACCUCGUCGUCUCAGCUGCUCAUUGUUUUUACGACGAAGUUGAAAAUAAACCUUACAACGCAUCGAAUUAUGCUGUGGGUGCCGGCAAAUACUUUCGUUCUUGGGAUACCGAGGAGCAAUAUAGUCAGAAGUCGUUGGUGGAAUACGUAAAAUUGCGCUUCGAGUACUUGGGGACGAUAGGUCACCUUAUGGAGGAUAUAGCUCUGGUGAAACUGCAAACGCCCUUAGAUCUGAACAUGCACGUCAGGCCCAUCUGUGUGGAUUGGCAAAAUAUGUACGACAAAGAGCAUCUGCAAGUGGGGCAAUCAGGCAAGCUGGCCGGCUGGGGUAAAGAUAUCACCGGCAAGCCCACAGAGGAAUUAUACGAAGUUACUAUGCCGUACGUAGCGCGUCAGAAAUGUCGGGACGACGUACCUCUAGAAUUCCGCGGAUAUAUCACGCGGGAUAAGUUCUGCACCGUCCCUAUGAAUGGUUCAAGCGCCUGCGAGGGAGACAGCGGUGGUGGCCUAUGUUUUGAGAAAGAUGGUAUUUGGUAUCUUCGUGGUAUCGUCAGCGCAUCUUCUCAGAAGGAUAAUCGUUGCGAUCACACUCCUUACGUUACAUUUACCCGGAUCAGUGCCUAUCUUAAAUGGAUUCGUAAUAUUUACGUUCAAAUGUAAACAUUUACAGGGAAGUGGUUAUCUACCUACGAAAUAUGUUGUCUACAUCAUCGUCCUGGCAAUGACACGAGACGAAUGGACGUGACGUAUGAACAAAGUGAUAAGAGCGACAAAAUCCUAAAUAUUGACGAUUAUUCUGAAUUUUGUAAUUUGUAUUUCGCAUUUUGCAAAAUAUUCCGGCAAUUUCGGUGAACAUUGAACGGAUAAACACAAAAAUGGAAAAUCGAAGAUCCGCGACUUAAGUUGCUUUUAUAUUACAAAUUCAAUA